GCCAAUGGGGGUGAGCGAGGCCCGGCGCGCCGAGUCUCGCGAUAUCUCGUGGCGGCCGGCGGCGCUCCCAUGGUCCCGCGCGGCCGCGGCCCUUCCUUUUCCGCCAUCGCGCCGCCGGCACCAUGGUGCGCAUGAACGUCCUGGCAGAUGCUCUCAAGAGCAUCAACAACGCAGAGAAGCGUGGGAAGCGCCAGGUCCUCAUCCGGCCGUGCUCCAAGGUGAUCGUCCGCUUCCUCACCGUGAUGAUGAAGCACGGUUACAUCGGUGAAUUUGAGAUAAUUGAUGACCACAGAGCUGGGAAGAUUGUUGUCAACCUCACAGGCAGACUCAACAAGUGUGGUGUAAUCAGUCCCAGAUUUGAUGUUCAGCUGAAGGAUUUGGAAAAGUGGCAGAACAACCUGCUGCCUUCACGUCAGUUUGGGUACAUUGUACUGACAACCUCAGCUGGCAUCAUGGACCAUGAGGAGGCGAGGCGAAAACACACAGGAGGCAAAAUCCUGGGGUUCUUUUUCUAAAACUUGUAAAAAAAGAGGAUACUAAUAAAUUGUUCAAAUGGA